UUUAAGAGCGUGGCCUCUGCUUCUUCUCCUUUCUUCACACCAAACAAACCCCACUCAACAGCACAAUCAUCAUGAAACAUCCUCUGCACUCACCACUCCUAAAAAGCACCACUUCAUACCCUCCCCUCCCUUAAAUCCACUACCUUUUCUCCCACAAUUCACUGCCACCAUUUCAAUCAUCAUGGACCACCCUCACCGCCACCCUCCUCCGCCGCCUUCUUUCCUGUUCUUCUUCUUCUUCAUGUUAUUCUUAUCCACCGCAUCUGCUCUUCAGUCAGAGCUUGUUGCACUUCUCUCACUAAAAGCAUCUUUGAAAGACCCUCUAAAUUCAUUUCAUGAAUGGGAGGUGUCACAGUCUCAGUCCGAGUCCAGGGCAGGGACUGGUCCAGUCUCUGUCCCGGACUCGUUUUGGUGUGCGUGGUCCGGGGUCACGUGUGACCCCGGAACACGCCAAAUUCAUUCGUUGGACAUCUCUAACCGAAAUGUAUCCGGAACAAUUCCAAAGAAUAUCCGAUACUUAACCGGUUUACGGUUUUUAAACAUCAGUGGGAACCAAUUCACUGGUCCUUUUCCAACUGCAAUAUUCGAACUACCUUUUCUUCAAACUCUCGAUAUCAACCAUAACGUUUUCAGUUCGAGUUUUCCUCCGGGAAUUUCGAAACUGAAGUUUCUAACAUUCUUUGAUGCUUACAGUAACAGCUUCGUAGGCCCAUUGCCAACGGAGUUUGUUCGGUUAAGGUAUCUCGAACAUUUAAACCUCGGUGGAAGCUAUUUCGAUGGUGAAAUUCCUCACAGUUACGGUGGAUUCCAGCGGUUAAAGUUCUUACAACUCGCCGGUAACGCUCUCACUGGUCAAAUUCCGGCAACAUUAGGCCGGUUAACGUCGUUAGAGCAUUUGGAAAUCGGAUACAACGCAUUCUCCGGCGAGGUUCCGGUUCAGUUCGCUUCGUUUUCCAAUCUGUCAUUUCUUGACAUGUCAAACAAUAAUCUUUCCGGAGAAUUUCCGAUUGGUGUUACAAACCUGACAAAGCUUCAAACGUUGUAUAUUUUCAAAAACAAUUUUCACGGUGAAAUUCCGGCGGAUAUCGGAAAAUUAGAAUCCGUUGAGAUUUUAGAUUUGUCUGAUAACAGCCUUUCCGGUAGCAUACCGGAGGAAAUCUCAUCGCUCAAAAAUAUAAAAAGAUUAAGUCUAAUGAACAACAACUUAUCCGGAAGCAUUCCGGAAGGUGUAGGCGAGCUUCCGAUGCUCGAAUAUCUGUUUCUCUGGAACAAUUCACUCACCGGAUCGUUACCACAAAAACUCGGUAUGAAUUCAAAGUUACAAAGACUCGACGUUUCUUCAAACUAUCUCUCCGGUCCAAUCCCUCCGAAUCUCUGUCUCGGCAACACGUUAACGAAAUUACUUCUGUUUUCGAACAAGUUUUCGGGUCCGCUUCCGCAGUCUCUAGCGAAAUGCACUUCUUUGUACCGGUUUCGUAUCCAUAACAACGGUUUAAACGGGUCUAUUCCCUUCGGAUUUGGUAGUUUACCUAACAUCUCGUUCAUGGAGAUGAGUAAAAACAGUUUCACCGGACCGUUUCCGGCUGAUUUGUCCAAUGCUCCUAAUCUGGAGUACUUGAAUGUAUCUGAAAAUUCAUUCGAAGACGAGUUGCCGGAAAACAUAUGGAAUUCGCCGAGUUUACAGAUAUUUUCAGCGAGUUUUAGUAAGAUCAAAGGCAGAAUUCCGAAAUUUGGAAGUUGUAGAAAGCUUUACAAAAUUGAACUGGAAGGUAACAAUUUGAGUGGUGGAAUACCUUUGGAUAUUGAUCAUUGUGUGAAGCUACUUACGUUGAAUCUACGAGAUAAUUCGAUUUCAAGCGUUAUUCCGAUGGAGAUUUCAUCGCUUCCGUCGAUAACCGAAGUUGAUCUAUCGCAUAAUCUGCUCACUGGUACCAUUCCUUCGACUUUUGGUAACUGUCGUACGCUCGAAGCGUUCAAUGUUUCGUAUAAUCAGCUCACGGGACCCGUGCCUUCGUCGGGGAUCGCGUUUUCGAGCCUGCAUCCGUCGUCGUUCACCGGAAAUGAAGGACUUUGUGGUAGAGUUAUUAACAAACCAUGUGGGGCCGAAGCUGAACCCGAAGUGAAACGGAUUCAGUCGAAGAAGUCUACGGGUGCAAUCAUGUGGAUUAUGGCCGCAGCGUUUGGCGUCGGUUUGUUUAUUCUUGUGGCCGGAAUUCGGUUCUUCCGAGCGAAUUAUCAUAAAGGGUUCGUGGCGGAAGAAGCGGAGACGCGGCCGUGGAAAUUAACUGCUUUCCAACGGUUAAAUUUUACCGCGGAUGAUGUGGUUGAGAGUUUAUCUAUGACAGGUAAGAUCAUAGGGACGGGGUCUACAGGAACCGUGUACAAAACAGAAAUGCCAGGUGGCGAGAUCAUAGCGGUGAAAAAGCUGCGGGGAAAGAACAAGGAGACGAUCCGACGGAGGAAAGGCGUGUUGGCCGAGGUGGAGGUAUUGGGUAAUGUGAGGCAUAGGAACAUAGUAAGGUUGUUAGGAUGCUGCAGCAACAAAGAAUGUACUAUGUUGCUCUAUGAGUACAUGCCUAAUGGCAGUUUAGAUGAUUUGUUGCACGGGAAGAACAAAUGUGACAAUUUGGUCGGGGAUUGGUUCACAAGAUACAAGAUCGCGUUAGGGGUGGCUCAGGGGAUUUGCUACCUCCACCACGAUUGUGAUCCAGUGGUUGUUCAUCGUGAUUUGAAACCUAGCAACAUUCUGUUGGAUGGUGAGAUGGAGGCGCGGGUGGCUGACUUUGGGGUAGCCAAGCUCAUCCAUUGCGACGAGUCGAUGUCAGUGAUUGCAGGUUCCUAUGGCUACAUCGCCCCAGAAUAUGCUUAUACUUUACAAGUCGAUGAGAAAAGUGACAUAUACAGCUACGGGGUGUUGUUAAUGGAGCUCCUUAGCGGAAAGAGAUCGGUAGAUUCAGAAUUCGGGGACGGAAAUAGCAUCGUUGAUUGGGUGAGGUCAAAGGUCAAGACCAAAGAGGGUACAAAGGAGGUGUUGGAUGAAAACGCGGGUGGUUCAUGUAGUUCGGUGAGGGAAGAAAUGCUGCUCGUGUUGAAGGUCGCAAUGUUAUGUACAAGUCGAAACCCGACUGACCGGCCGUCUAUGAGAGAUGUAGUGACAAUGUUGCUUGAAGCUAAACCCAAGAGGAAGUCACCGGAUAGUAGUGGCAGAUUAGUUAUCAACAGUGGUGGAAAACCUCAGGCACAAAAGUCUAGUGUUGUUUGAAUGUUAAUAGAUCCUUUUCUUUUGGUUCUAAGUGGUGGGGAUUGGUAUAGACUAUAGAAGUGUUCCUUGUUUUUUUUAAUUUUAGUUUUAUUUCUCUUUUUAUUUUUGGACUAUCAAUGAACAAAUUGUGUCUGAUUGUAAACUGAGAAAAGAAUGAAGCACUAGUAUUUUAAGGUAAAAUGGGCUUUGUUUUA